AUGCCGAACCCCGUACUCAAAGCUGCCUACAGCGCGCCGAACCACGAGUCCUUUACCGCGAGCCAGGACCUGUCAACGGCACCUGCGGCAAGCCCGAUCUUGUCCACGGCGGACAAGACGGCGUACCUGCCGGCUCUCCGCGGUGCCGUCACCGCCGUCCAGGACAACGUCAACCGUGAAUUGACUGCGCGCAUGGUCAUUGACGCGCAAGCAGCCAACCAGGCCGCCGUCGACCAGGCCGCCGAGAAGGAAGAGCAAAACUACGGUGAAGAGGUCAUGGACGAGGACGAAUAG